AUGGGUUACAAUUGGAAAUUGCACCCCACCAAAUACACGCCUACUAGUGCUGCCGAGUGUUGUCCCGUCGUCUCCUGUCCGUAUGCAUUCAUGUAUACGGUGGUCUCCUAUAUCCCCCCCGGUCAGGUUCGCGAGUGCCUAGCACACGAGCUCGGUGUCCCGGUUCGUGUUGUCCAGGUGUGGUUUCAAAAUCAACGGGCACGGGACAAGCGUGCUUCUCACUCCAAACGAUCUUGGCUCCCGGUUCAAUCCGAAUGGCCCAAAACGAAACCGCAACCAAAUCCGCAUCCUAGCCCAACGGCAAUCACUCCGUCUCCACGAACGUCAGUUGAAAGUGGUGAGUUCGAUUGUCCGAUUCUCAAUCCACGUGCUCGUCUGUAUCGUUUCGUGAUAGUAGCGGCUAGCUACAUAUAG